UGUUUUAUGUAGAAUUGCCUACUUUCAAAAAUUUGACAAAAUUAUCAAUUAUUGGUAGUGGCCUCAAAAACACUUUAAAUCAAGUUUUACCUACUCUUAAGAGUUUGAAAUAUGUAGAGAUGGGAGAAAUUGUGCUCAACAACUUCCCUACAAUAUUGAAUAGAUCGUGCAAUUCCCUUGAGACUUUGCUACUUUAUAGUUGUAAUUUUACAAGCACGUUAAGUAAACAAGAAUUGCCCACAUUCAAGAAUUUGACAAGGUUAGAAAUUGAAGAUACUGUUUACAACAACUUUCUUCAAUUGCUUGAGACCAUGCCUUCUCUUGAGUCUAUACAAAUAUGGGAUAGUACUCUCAACGACACUCAAUUUGAUCAAGAUCUGCUUACUUUCAAGAAUUUGAAUGUUUUGGAGAUACAUAACACUCAUCUUAACAUUGAUUAUCUUCGGAUGCUGAAUGAAUCAUUUAAUUCUCUACAAAAUUUAUGGUUGGAUGGAAGCAAUCUACCAAAUACAUUUCUUAAGCAAGGAAUUUGUAAGUCACUUCAUCUCCAGGAUUUAAGCAUUACAAACAACGAUUUGUGGGGUGACUUGCCUUGGUGCCUUGCCAACUUGACUUCCCUUGAAUCUAUUGAUAUCUCAUCAAAUCAAUUUACUGGAGACAUAUCCUCAUCUCCCCUUAAGGUGCUAACAUCUAUCCAAGAUCUACGACUUUCAAACAAUAAUUUCCAAAUUCCAAUUUCCCUUGAACCAUUUUUUAACCACUCAAAACUCAAGACCUUCUAUGCCUAUAACACUGAAAUAUAUGCAGGAAUUGAGUCACAACAUUUGGCACCAAAAUUUCAGUUAAAUUCCAUCUCUUUAGGUGCAUACAAAUAUAAUGGUUCAUUUCCCAAAUUUCUCUGCAGUCAAUAUGACUUAAAAGAAAUUUAUCUCUACAACCUUAAUUUGAAGGGAGAGUUUCCAAUUUGGUUGUUAAACAAUAAUACUAACCUAAGAAAUCUUUAUCUAGUUAAUAAUUCUCUUUCAGGGCCUUUGCAAUUACCAAAUCAUUCUCACAUGUUCUUGGCAGGAUUAGAUAUCUCCAUCAAUUCCUUCCAUGAGCAUAUUCCAAAUGGAAUUGGAACUUAUCUACCAAUGCUACAAUAUUUAAAUAUGUCUAGAAAUGCUUUGAAUGGUAGUAUUCCCUCAUCAUUUGGUGACAUGAAACUAUUGCAAAUAUUGGACUUGUCCAAUAAUUUAUUGACCGGACGCAUACCUCAUCAGAUGGCCAUGGGUUGUCUCUCAUUAUAUCGCCUUGCAUUGUCAAAUAAUAGUCUACAAGGUGAAAUAUGUUAAAUUUGAUAGAUAUUAUUAUGUUAAACAAUCAUUUUGAAUGUUUAACCUAUUGUAGUUUUGUUAAUUAGAAAUUUUCAAAGUAUUAUUAAUGAGAGUUAAUCAUUUUGAUUUUCCACUGUGA